CAGUCGGGCACAAAACGCACAGCUAUAUUUUCAGGUCCUGCGGAGGUCAGCAGGUUGUUGCGGUAUCUCCUCCAUAUCGUCCUACAGCUCGCUCUUUUCGCCGCUUUUCUUGUCUGGCAGGUUGGCAGCUGUAUAAUAAAGAGCAGUAAGUCUCGGCAGGAUGGCAGUCCCUCCAGCGUAUGCAGACCUGGGCAAAUCAGCAAAGGACAUCUUCAAUAAGGGAUAUGGUUUUGGGCUCGUUAAGCUUGAUGUGAAGACUAAGUCUUCAAGUGGAGUGGAAUUUAAAACAUCAGGCUCGUCCAAUGUAGACACCAGCAAGGUCACCGGAACCCUGGAAACCAAGUACAAAUGGGCCGAAUAUGGACUGACGUUCACGGAGAAGUGGACCACAGAAAACACUCUCGGAACAGAAAUUUGUGUUGAGGAUCAGAUCACCAAAGGCCUGAAACUUACAUUUGAGACCACAUUUUCACCUAAUACUGGCAAGAAGAGUGGCAAGGUCAAAACUGCUUACAAAAAGGAAUACCUUAAUGCCGGUGUUGAUGUAGAUUUAGACUUUGCUGGUCCUACUAUCCAUGGAGCGGCAGUGGCCGGGUAUGAGGGAUGGUUGGCAGGCUACCAGAUGACCUUUGACACGGCCAAAUCCAAGAUGACCAAGAGCAACUUUGCUGUUGGUUACAAAACCGGUGACUUCCAGCUCCACACCAAUAUAAAUGAUGGUUCAGAGUUUGGUGGAUCUAUUUAUCAGAAAGUUAAUGAUAAACUGGAGACUGCUGUGAAUCUUGCCUGGACAGCAGGCAACAACGGCACUCGCUUUGGAAUCGCUGCUAAAUACCAGUUAGACUCCAGUGCCUCCAUAUCAGCUAAGGUAAACAAUGCCAGCUUGGUUGGAGUUGGAUACACCCAGACUCUCCGGCCUGGCAUGAAACUCACCCUGUCUGCACUUGUUGAUGGGAAGAAUAUUAAUGCUGGUGGCCACAAAGUAGGUCUAGGCCUGGAAUUGGAGGCAUGAGGAUCAUCUGUACCGUUUCAUAAGGAGAGGAAGGAAUAUCGGCAGAAUCUGGCCUUCUGCCUUCCUGUGAUCAGCAAUGUGUAUUUGAAGCCAAACAAAGUAGAACCCCAGUACACAAGCACUGAUGAGAUGGAAACCUUUCCAUCAACUUCCUUUGAUUGUGGUUACAAUAAGUAGUGAGUCACAUGUAUUUAUUAAUCAGUUACUCUUUUUGCCAAUUUGCCCCCAAGUAAUGAUAGAAAAACCCUCCACUCGGUGUUAAAUGUGGGCUUUUUUUUUUUUUUCCUAAAGUUUGACAAUCCAAGAAUGGUUCCAAAAGCGAAACUUGUUACUUUGCUAAAGUAGAAUGUAAACCCGAGGUGUUAUUUUGCACAUUAAACUUUACUCUUAUUUAA